AAUCGUGCAGCGCACCGAAGCGAAGUCUGCUGAACGGAGAACAAGUCGCUCUCUUCCUCUGGAAGCUUUUGCAGAAUUUAGUACCUCAGGACACUGGCUGCUCGCUCUCUCUCAUUGUUGGUGUGUGUGGAAUGGCAAGCAAGCUGAAAGUAGAUGAGCUCCGAACCGAGCUUGCCCAGCGCGGGCUCAGUACCAGCGGAACCAAGUCCACCCUGGUUCGGAGACUAGAAUCAGCUCUUCGCAAAGAAAAUAAGGAGUCAACGGGCGCAGCUGAUGGUUCUGUUAGUAAGAAGAGAGAGAGAGAAUACCAAGAUGGAGAUUCGAACGAGCCUGAGAAAACCAAGGCCAUUGAGAAAUUUCGGGACAUGGGUGUUCGGCAAUUGCGAGAACAAGCCACUCUCAGAGGCAUUUCGGCAAAUGGGUCCAAGAAGGAACUCCUUCAAAGGCUCUGUGACGCUCCGGAGAAGGAUUCAGAGGACACCCAUGAAGUUGAAGAAGAGAAGAUGGAGAAGGUGGUCACGGCAACUAAAAAGGGUGCUGCGGUGUUGGAUCAAUGGCUUCCAGAUCAUAUGAAGGCACAAUACCAUGUGCUGCAGCAUCUUGAUGAAAUUUAUGAUGCCACGUUGAACCAGACAAAUGUUGGAGACAACAACAACAAAUUCUAUGUGAUUCAAGUUCUAGAAUCUGAUGACGGUGGUACAUUCAUGGUUUACAACAGAUGGGGUAGAGUUGGGGUGAAGGGUCAGGAUAAGAUACAUGGUCCUUACACAUCAAUAGAUAGUGCUAUUCAGGAGUUUACGCAGAAAUUCUAUGCCAAAACUAGGAAUGAUUGGUUUAACAGGAAAGAGUUCAUUAGCUACCCAAAAUGUUAUACUUGGCUGGAAAUGGACUACAGCAAGAAGGAGAAAGAAUCAGUUGUUCUGGAAAAGCCUAACUCUGCAGUCGAGCGUCGAGAAACACAACUCGAGCCUAGCAUUGCAAAGUUUAUUUCUCUUAUUUGCAAUAUCAGCAUGAUGAGGCAGCAAAUGAUGGAAAUAGGGUACAAUGCUGAAAAGCUGCCACUUGGUAAACUUAGCAAAUCAACUAUUUUGAAGGGCUAUGAUGUCUUGAAGAGGAUUGCUGAUGUGAUUGGACAGUCAAAUCGGAAAAAUCUUGAGCAAUUAAGUGGAGAAUUCUAUACUGUCAUUCCUCACGACUUUGGAUUUAAAAAAAUGCGUGAAUUUGUCAUCGAUACACCUCAGAAGUUGAAGCGCAAAUUGGAAAUGGUUGAAGCCCUAGGUGAAAUUGAAGUUGCAACAAAAUUGUUGGAGGAUGACAUUGGGAUGCAGGAAGAUCCAUUAUUUUCUCAUUACCAGCGCCUUCAUUGUCAACUCACACCGCUUGACGCUGAUUCAGAGGAAUUUUCAAUGAUUGCAAGGUACAUGCAGAACACUCACGCAAAGACUCAUGGAAAUUAUACUGUUGAUAUAGAUCAAAUAUUUAGGGUAUCAAGAGAGGGUGAAAUUCAACGUUUUGAAAAGUUCUCUAGUACCAAAAAUAGAAUGCUUUUGUGGCAUGGUUCUCGGCUGACAAAUUGGACUGGCAUUCUAUCCCAAGGUUUGCGAAUUGCCCCUCCGGAAGCACCUGUAACAGGUUAUAUGUUUGGCAAGGGGGUUUAUUUUGCUGAUAUGUUUUCCAAAAGUGCAAAUUAUUGCUAUUCAACCUCUGCCACGAGGACUGGUGUGCUGCUUCUGUGCGAGGUUGCUCUAGGUGACAUGGCUAAGCUUCUAACCGCAAACUAUAAUGCUGAUCAGCUGCCAGAAGGAAAGCUAAGCACAAAGGGAGUGGGUUCAACGGCGCCUGACCUGUCUCAGGCUGUGACACUUGAAGAUGGUGUCAUCGUCCCACUGGGAAAACCAAAAGAGCAAUUGGGGUCAAAGGGAAGUUUAUUGUACAAUGAGUACAUAGUUUACAAUGUGGAUCAGAUUAGAAUGCGCUAUGUUGUUCAAGUAACUUUCAAUUUCAAGAGAUGACCAGCUUCAGGAUGUGAUAAUGCCAUCUUUUUUGGUAUCUAAUUUGAUGGUUCAGUCCUUAUCUUCAUUCAUUGUUCUGAUUCAUACUUCUAUUUCAAUGUUGUAAAUUAGUGAAAGACCCCCCCCCCCCCUCUCUCUCUCUCUCUCGUAAUGUAGGUUGGGAAAGAAAAGGGAGUUGCUGUUAAUGAGGUGGGUUGUCUUCUACUCUUUCUGUCAUUUGUUAAAGACAGAGUGAAUACAAGCAUGAUUCGUUA